CAUCAUGGUCACAAGUUUUCUUCGUUCAUCCUUAUCAUUAGUGAGUUUCUCCUCUUUAAUAUAAUGCUCUACCUUCCUUUACUCUCUAUCUGCCACACUUAUUCUCAGAAUCCCGGACCUCUCCCCAUUCAAUGCCAUAGCUGUUGAAAUGCCACUAAAAAUCGGUUCUUAUAAAUAUUUCUUCAGUUUUAAGGAUGUGGUUAAACUUAAAAGAUUUUGGAAGCUAGGAAUCAGUAUUCACGAUCGCGAUUUCUCUGUAUAAUUUAAGUCUUCAUCUCUCUCUCUGUCUACUCGGAGUCGCGAUUUUCGUCGUCUUCAUCUCAUUGUCGCCGGAGCGUGUUUUGUUCACCAUUGUUGCCAUUUUCGCCAUUUUCAUUCUAGCAUUGUCGCCUUUUAUCAUCGCAUUCUCCAUCAGAAAUGGCUCGUGAACCUACACUGGCUGAGGCUUUUAGAGAAACAAAAAGAAGAAGAACAGAGUACCGGACAGCAGCAAUUCUAGAUUCACAAGCAGCUCAGAGCUCUAAUCCAACUAGUGAACAACCAGCAGCAGCCCUAAAUUCACAAGCAGCUCAGCGCUCACGCCCUGCUAAGGAAACAACUGUUGCAGAGACUUCAACGAGACGGCGCCGACGAACUAGAGAACACAGGAGAGAUUACUUCAAUACGAGGAUGGGGCCAAAGCUGAUGUUUGAUCUUGUCCAGAGGCUCUCACCACGACAGAAACAAGCUGUCGUAGAAACUGGAUUUGGUGGACUUCUUCAUCUCCAACUCUGCACCAAUGAAUCAAAGUUGGUGCAAUACCUGCUGGACAACUUUAAUGUUUGCAGGUGUGAUUUUGUAUUAGAGGAUGAUAGUCUCCACAUUGAAGAGGAAGAUGUCGAAUACACGUUGGGAAUCCCGCGAGGGCCUCUGAAGGUCAAUGAGGGGACAAAGAUGGAAGACACCUCAACCCGUGAAUACAAACUGCUGCUGACUUCAUGGAGAAGGAGGUGGGGUAUUACAGCAGGCUCGCCAAUAACUACACAGAUGCCAGAUGAGAUUGUUAGGAGAGCUGAUCAUGGUGAUGAGUUCAAGAGGGAUUUCGUAGUCUUUGCCGUUUCCUCCAUGCUUCGAGGAAACACAACACGCUACUCCAAGUACAGGAUCUUAAACUCAUUGAUUGAUGUUGAUAUGAUUAAAGAGUACAAUUGGUGUGCCUACACAUACCAAUCUCUCAUUGACUCGAUAGAUAGUUACAAUGAAGAUAGAAAGAGAAGCUUUUGGGGGCCAAUGACAUUGAUAUUGCUGUUCUACUUUGAUCGAGUAGAAUUCAAAGGAAUGAAGAUCAACAGGACAUACCCUAGCAUACUUGCUUGGACAACCACGCUUGUAAGAAAGAGAGUCAAGGCUGAAAAAAGGGCUGGUGGGUUUGGAAAGGGAAGGGUUAUCCCUAGAGUUAAGAAGCCAAGGACUGAUGCUACCACCUCACUGCAACAACCUGCAGGCACUGCUGCUGCUACAACCUCACUACCACAACCUGCAUUUACUGCUGCUGCUACUACUUCUUCUACUCCUGCUACUGCAACACCGACACCAACUACAAGUGAGCCACUCUCAAGUGUUGAUCGGGUGACCCGUGUGCUCCAAAAGCUAGCAUCAGAUGUCCUGGAGUUUGGUGAAGCUAUGUCUGAAAUUGGAAAGCAGGGCGCACCUAUUGAAGUCAUGAAGAAAGCGUUCUCAGGGAUAUCAAACAUGCUAGGUGCUGCAAGCGCAAUUGAAUCAACUUCCAUUCCAACUGAAUCUCAGUUGGAUGACAUAUUCUUUGGGAGUGAAACUUUCACCGCUGCAGUGGAUUCAUUGGUGGAAGCAUUUCAGAAGACAACAAGAACCAUGGAAUUUGAAGCUCCAUCAUUUGAUUUGGGAAUACACUGCAAUGAAUCGCAACCGCAGCCAUGUGAGCAACACACAGAGCAAGUAGUUGAAGAGGACCUACCAUUGGAUGCUUUGGUUCAACAAAUUGGAGAGGAUGCAGGACUGUCAACGACCUUGGAAGCACAAGUAACUCCUCCACUUGUUAGGGUCCCAUUUCAGAGAUAUGUUCGUCAUGCCGCUGCUACUGAUGCUGAUGUUGAUGACUUUGAUUGUGCCAUGCAAGAAAGUGAGUCUGAUGUUGAUGACGUGACUGUUAGGAUGAGACCCCAGCGACGAUUCAGGAACAAACCUCUUUGUUUGAGGUCACCAUACUGGACACAGAAUGCAGGUUUUAUACGCACUACAACUCCACGGGAAAAAAUCAUUUCAAACUAUGCAUUCUUGAGUGUGUCUACCGAACACCCAGAAGAUGAGUUGCUGUUCAGCUAUGGUGACUACUACCUAACAAGGCGUCACUUCUCAACUUUGAGCAAUGGUGAGUUGGAUAUAGACUUCUUGAAUGUUUGGUCUUUGCGGCUAACUUUGAAGAACACAGAACGUGCUGUUGGGAUACCAAAACGCGUAUUCUUCACCACACUGCCACAUCUGCAGCUUGAUCCAUCUGAUGAUUGGAUGAAAAGUCUCCCAGCUGAGAAAAGGAUGGAAAAUUUCAAUGAUAGAUUGAAUUAUGAAAUAUCAAGUUUUGGAAACCUGGAAAUCAGUGAUGCAGACCUUAUAUUUUUCCCAGUGCAUCGCCAUGCACACUACUUUGUUGUGUGCAUAAAUGUCAAGGAAUCCAAGGUUCAGGUGAUAGACAACAAGGAAUUGCCUGCUGGUGUUUCAGAGCUUGAUAAAUAUGGAGACUGUCCAUACAAACUGAUUGAAGCAUUCAAGGCGUACCUGGAAGCAGGACAAUCCACCUUGACUCACAAACUGAACAGCAUGCCAGUAGAGUUCCUUGCCAUGCACUGGAAAAAUGCAGAGAAUGUCACCGACUGUGGCAUAUAUGUAAUGCGGCAUAUGGAGAGUUACAUGGGUGGAGCUCUCGAGAACUGGGAUCCUGGGUUCAAGAAACAUAUGCGCACGAAUGCUAGCUUCAUUCUUGAGUUGAGGGCAAAAUAUGCUGCUUGUAUCAUCAUGUCAAAGCUGAACAGCGUCAAAGGCGAGGUCAAGAAAGCUGCAAAGAUUGAAGACAAGAAGAAGUAA